AUGGCGGACCUCCCUGUCGACCCUGUGAUGCGGGGCACCAAUCCCGUCACCAGGUCCCCAUCCAUGCGUCAAGAAGUGGACCGAGACUGGGCCGAGAUCGAGCAACGCCUGCGUCGCAAAGUCGACUGGCGUCUCUGCACCAUCGCCGGCCUGCUGUGUAGUCUCAACCUCCUGGACUCGGGCAUCCUGUCUUCAGCUGCUGUCACCAGCAUGCUGACCGAUCUGGAUCUGGACCAGGGCUCGCGGUUCUCAGUGGCCAUUUUCAUCUUCACCAUUGCUGGUGUCAUCUUCCAGUUGCCUUGCACCCUGGCUGUGCGUCUCUUCGGUCCUCGUGUGUGGUUCGCAUCCAUCACUUUCGUCUUCGGUCUGUUGACUCUCUGCACUGCUUUUAUUCAUACUGCGCGCCAGAUGAUUGCCCUUCGUGUGCUGCUGGGUAUUGCCAUGUCGGGCAUUUACCCGGGUUUGACAUACCUCAUCAGCACGUGGUAUCUGCGUAGUGAGCAGCAGCUCCGAUUCGCGUUUCUGCAGGCGGGUGAAGUUACGGUCCUGGCCACAGGCACCUUGAUCAAUUUCGGUCUCAACCAUCUGGAUGGGAAGGCGGGGCUUGCUGGAUGGCGCUGGAUGUAUCUGGUACAGGGCUUGAUCACUUGUGUUCUGGGUAUCGCCACCUAUUGGUGGAUGGUCGACUUUCCGGAGGAUUCGGCGCACAGCUUCAAGUUUCUAUCUCUGCGAGAGUCUCAGAUUGCCGCGGCACGAAUCCAGGAUGAUCGUGCGGAUCUUCAGCCAGAGCCGUUCACCUGGGCUCGGAUUUUCGACUGCCUCAAAGAUGUGAAGAUCUAUGGCUUCGCGUGCAUGUUCUUCCUGCUGAAUCUGGUGUCGACGGGCCUGUCAUAUUUCCUGCCAAUUAUCCUCGAAGGGGGCAUGGGGUUUACUGCGAAUCAGGCGAUCUUGUUGUCAGUUCCGCCUUACUACUACGCCGCAAUCCCGGUCAUCGUGACCUCUUUGACUGCCGACAAAUUGCGCCUACGAGGGCCCUUCAUCACCUUCAACGCCCUUUGCAUUAUUGUCGGCUUCCUCAUGUUCGGACUGCCCCAGUCCACCCAGGUGACCGCCCGAUACAUCGGCACGUUCAUCGCAACCGGUGCCUACGUCUCCAAUUGGGCGGCGUUGAACGCUUACCAAGCCAACAAUAUUGUUGGCCAGUGGAAGCGGGCCGUUACAGCCGCAACGGUCACCGCGUUCAAUGGGCUGGGGGGUGUCGUGGGCAGCUACAUUGUCCGGCAGGUAGAGGCCCCGCUGUACCAGACGGCGGUAUGGGUGUCAGUCGGAUCUCAAGUCCUGCUGAUUUUGAUCGUCGGGGUAUUCACCCUGUAUUUCUACAGGGCAAACCAGCAGCAGAAACGCUGCGAAAGAGUCAUCCAGCACGUGGCUGGCUUCCGAUACACCUACUAGAGGUGGUCGAUCCCUUCCUCCCAACGGUCCAGUCAAUGAUAAACUGGCCGUUGAUGUAUGAGUCACGAGAGAAGCAUUUUGCAUUUGCGUUUGCGUUUGCCCCGCGGGGCUUUGUUUCAGGGCUACAUAUCUUAUCUCCAAUAUAGC